AUGCAUCUGUCCCGUGUUAGCACUUCGUGUGGACAGUUUAUUGCUCCCAGAAACUGUGACCUUGGCCUCACUGGACUGAAUAGCUUUAACCACUUAGGAUCAUUGGAGCAAAAGUCCAUCAUCCUUGACACAAAUAAGCAAGGGCCAGAGGAAGAAGAACCUGAGCUGGUUGUCAGGCGCCAUGGUGUACUGCUGGACUUGGCGGGCUUUUGGUUUGUUCGUUUUCUGUUCAAAGAGUUUGGAUGGCGAGAUCCAGAGCUUCCAGAAGUUAUACAGAUGUUACAGCAUCAGUUUCCCUCAGUACAGUCCAAUGCUGCAGCCUACUUACAACACCUCUGUUUCGGAGACAAUAAAAUAAAAGCAGAGAUAAGAAGACAAGGCGGAAUACAAUUACUGGUGGACCUAUUGGACCAUCGGAUGACAGAAGUCCACCGUAGUGCCUGUGGAGCUUUGAGAAACUUGGUAUAUGGGAAGGCAAAUGAUGACAACAAAAUUGCUCUGAAAAACUGUGGUGGUAUCCCAGCAUUAGUACGGUUACUCCGCAAGACUACAGAUUUGGAAAUCAGAGAACUGGUCACAGGAGUUCUCUGGAAUCUAUCCUCCUGUGAUGCACUGAAAAUGCCAAUCAUCCAGGAUGCCCUCGCAGUGUUGACCAAUGCAGUGAUCAUCCCUCACUCUGGAUGGGAAAACUCUCCACUUCAGGAUGAUCAUAAAAUACAACUCCAUUCAUCACAGGUGCUGCGCAAUGCCACUGGGUGCCUAAG